CUGCCUUUAUUGGAGCAGAUUGACCUAUGUAUGGCAGCACGAGCCUGAAACUUUCUCUCUGCCCGCUCCAAUUCCUCAAUGGCCUCAAGGCAUAGUUUUUGUUGACCAUCCAAUAUAUCAAGUCUAAUGUCUUCGAUGGAAGGGAAUAUAGAGCUAUAUGCAGUUCCUUAGUUUGUAUUCUUGUAAAUGCAUAAUUUUGAAAUACUCCUUUAUAUGGAAGUCGGAAAAUUAUAAACUUGGUGUAUGUAUCCAUUUUCACAAUAAUUUUGUUCUUCACAUUUGCCUAUAGUUGGUUUUUCAUGUAAUUUAUCUAUUUGGUCAGAAUAAAUCAGUGCUUGCAUUUUUUUGGUGCUUUGCUUCACUUAUUGGUAGGGUAAUCUGUUUUUAUUAGAGAAGUGAUUGUUCGAAUUUUAUCUUUUGCUUCUCUACUUUUCUCGUACUGUUGUUCCUUUUUUCAAAAUUUGCUCCUUUGGAAGGAAUAAAGUCUUCCUAACUAGCGUCCCAAUGUUGACUUAAUUAGGCUCCUACUCUUCUUAGUAUUCGCGAACAUAUUGUUUAUUUUGAAGUUCCAUUUCAAAUUUUUGUGUGUUCUGGCAUUCUAUUUUCUUUCUUAUCCUUUAUUUUUAAAUUUGUUUCCAAGCUACCUAUUUUCUUGAGAAAUGAAAUACCACUAGUGGGGCUCUUUGUGAGAACUACAAUUUGGAAAUACCUUUUUCAGUUCUUGCCUAUGUUUCAUGCAUUGAGGGACCUGCAAAGUUGUCAAAUUCAUGAUUCUUUGAAUGGCUUAUUUAAUUUGAACUUCUACUUGUUACUUUGUGGUAACUAUUGUUUGAAUAUGCAGGUUCAGGAUUUGGUAGCUUUAGAAUCAGAUUAGGAGAAUUAGAGGUUUUCGAAGUAACUAAUUUCGAGUUUGUAUGGGGAUUUAAUAUGUCUCAGGACAGGAAACGGGGCGUUAGUUUCUAUAAACCAAUUGGAAUACCGGAGGGAUUCUUUAACCUUGGUCACUACUGCCAAUCUAAUGAAAAGCCUUUACGAGGGUUUGUUCUUGUGGCUAGGGAAAUGUUCAAAUGUGAGCCAGGACAUUGUUGCUACUCUAGUUCUGACUCCAUGCCAGCUCUCAUGACUCCUGUUGAUUAUACAUUAGUUUGGUGUUCAGACGAUGGUGGUGAUGAAAAUUUUGAUACAUGUGGUUGCUUCUGGUUACCCCAACCUCCUGAGGGUUAUAAAUCUUUGGGCUUUGUGGUGACCAACAGGCCAGAGAAGCCACAAUUAGGGGAAAUUAGAUGUGUCCGUGCUGACCUAACAGAUAAAUGUGAAGCUUAUCGCCUGAUAGUCAACACCCAUUCUAAGUUUUUAAAAGUACCGUUUAAAGUUUGGAGUAUUAGACCUCUUCACCGGGGAAUGCAUGGUAGAGGGGUCUCAGUAGGUAGUUUCUUUUGCAGUGGCCACUGGAUCCCAGGAGAAGAGCUGGAUAUUGCAUGCUUGAAGAACUUAGAUAAUUCAUUACAUGCAAUGCCGAAUCUUGAUCAAAUUCGUGCACUAAUAAGGCACUACGGGCCUAUUGUCUUCUUCCAUCCCGAUGAGACUUAUUUGCCGUCUUCUGUUUCGUGGUUCUUCAACAAUGGGGCAUUACUGUACAGAAAAGGUGAUUCAAUCAGCAUGGCAAUUGAUAGUGAAGGUUCCAAUCUGCCUAGGGGAGGGACAAAUGAUGGGGAAUAUUGGAUAAAUUUGCCAACUGAUGGUCGGAAGAAGAGGGUUAAAUGUGGGAAUUUAGAAAGCUCCAAACUGUACAUACAUGUAAAACCAGCAUCAGGCGGGACUUUCACUGAUAUUGUGAUGUGGGUUUUCUGCCCCUUUAAUGGGCCAGGAACUCUGAAAGUGGGAUUGAUGAAUAUUUCUCUUAGCAAGAUUGGUCAACAUGUGGGUGAUUGGGAACAUUUUACACUUCGUAUUAGUAACUUCACGGGGGAGCUCUGGAGCAUAUAUUUUUCACAGCACAGUGGCGGUGUAUGGGUUGAAGCUUUUGAUUUGGAGUUCAUCGAGGGAAACAAAGCCAUCAUUUAUUCAUCAAAAAGUGGUCAUGCUAGCUAUCCGCAUCCCGGAAAUUAUAUUCAGGGUUCCACAAAGCUUGAAAUUGGAGUGAGGAAUGAUGCUGCUCGUAGUCACUUCUAUGUGGAUUCAAGCACACAAUUCGAGAUUAUUGCAGCUGAAUAUCUUGGCAAUGGAGUCGUUAAUGAACCAUGUUGGUUACAAUAUAUGAGAGAGUGGGGCCCAAAAGUUAUCUAUGAUUCAAGAACCGAACUGGAUAAAAUCAUCAGUUUCCUGCCUUUGACGCUUCGAUAUUCAAUUCAGAACAUUUUUAGCAAGUUACCUAUGGAGUUGUAUGGGGAGGAAGGCCCUACUGGGCCAAAGGAGAAGAACAAUUGGGUUGGGGAUGAAAGAUGUUAGGCAUUUUGUUGCUUUUCCUUUUAACAAAUGUCAGUCUCUUCUGCAGAUAUGCUAUGAUGUUCAGAAUGUUGAAAAAGAACUGGCGGAGAAUUUGUUGCAACUGUGUAGUUUAACUGAAGAGAAGCCAUCCGGAUACUGAUGGCCUUGUUUCCUCACCAGACAAGAUGUUGAAGAUAUGAAGAUGAGAAGGACAUGAGUUGCGGAAUAAUACAGAGCUCUUUUUACUGAUAGAAUUGAAAUCAAUUGGAUUUCAUAUUUGUAUUGAUGAUAAGGAGUAAUUGGGAAACAAGUUAAUGAGUGUAAAAUUGUCGAAAGAAUAAUAGGUCACGGACUCACGGUAAUAUAUUUGAAUUGUAUUUUUAACACAGAAGGGUAUGAACAUCUUCUCGAGUAUGUUCGGUUAUAUUGGUCCAUCAUGCAGAGAAGCAAUGGAAACAUGGAUUAAUGUAAUGAACGAGUUAGCUCCUUCAGCAAGAAAAGCAAGAAGACUUCAGGUUUUGAAAAUGAAAUGAAUCUUAGUUUAAUGCAACUCAGUGGUUAGAUUGUAAAUCCUCAACUUUUUGCAAAUUGUUCCUUGACUAUGAUAAUCUCUUAUUUUCUGCAAGUUUCAUUCUGA